UCCCCUUCCGGAGGAGAGGAGAGGAGAGCGAGAGCGAGAGCCAGAUCCUAGGCGGCGAGCGCACCGGCACCGGUGGGGAUGGCGCGGAGGAGGGGCGGCCCCGCGCCGGCGACAGCGGUCGCCUCGCCGGCCGUGCUCGGCACGGUGGCCGUCAUGGGGUUCGUGUAUUACUCCACGGUGUUCGUCUUCCUCGACCACUGGGUCGGCCUUGCCACGCCUGCCGGCGCCGCCCACGUCGCCGCCGUCUCGCUCGCCGUCGCCGCUUGCUUCCUCGCCUUCGUCUGCGCCGCGGGUGCCGACCCCGGCGCCGUCCCACCCGCCUUCGCCCCCGACGCCGAAGCCGCGCAGGGACAGGGGUUGAAAUCAAGGUAUUGUGAUAAAUGUUGCAUGUUCAAGCCUCCUCGCACCCACCACUGCAAGGUCUGCAAAAGGUGUGUUCUGAAAAUGGAUCAUCACUGUGUCUGGAUCAACAACUGUGUAGGGUACGCAAACUACAAAGCCUUCAUCAUUUGUAUCCUAAAUGCAACUAUCGGGUCUCUGUAUUCAUUUGCGAUAUUUCUAUGCGAUCUACUUCUGAAAGAGCAUGACUUCGAUAUUCUAUAUGUGAAGAUACUCUAUAUCUUGGCAGGUGUCCUGUUGUUCUUCUUAAGCUUGACAAUAGGUUCUCUACUAUGCUGGCACAUCUAUCUUUUGUGUCAUAACAUGACAACCAUAGAGUACCGGGAGGCAGUAAGAGCGAGGUGGCUUGCAAAGAAGAGUGGGCAGAAGUAUCGCCACCGGUUCGAUCUUGGGAUACGGAAGAACAUUCAAAUGAUCCUGGGUCCAAACAUUCUUUGCUGGCUUUGUCCUACUGCGACGGGGCAUCUGAAGGAUGGCACCGAGUUCCAAAUCACGAACAACUGAUGAAUGCGCCAACAGCAUUUCUAGUCACCACUUGCUACCAUGUAGAUUUCCAUGUUGAUUUUGUAACCAAAUUGCUCCUGUAGCCCUGUUACAUUUGCUUUCUGGCGUCUUGCUAGGCUAGGGCACCUGUAGAAACCUUCAGCUCCUCCCAAUCUUGUAACAACAUGUAAAGCUUCUUCUCCCUCUCCCAAUCUCAAUGUAUUUUGUUCAUUUUUUUUUGUGUGUGUGUGUACGAGUACAGUUGUUUGAGUCGGAACCCACUCUACUGAAACACUGGAUUGUGAGCUUGAUUUUGAAUAUGUGCUGCGAAUUAUCCCA